GUCUGUUUAUAUUUGGAAUUAGGUCCCCAAGAAGGUGUGUGCGUGUGUUUGUCUAUUAAAUAAUACCAUUUCUUUAUUCUUCGUCAAAAAAAUAGUGUUGAUGUGGUGGGGCCUACGCUCAUUUAUCACGCCUGGUCGCUGAAAACCAAAUGAAAAAUCAUAGCAGUAGCUGAAGGCCUGCAGAAGUCUCCGAGAAAGCGACUGGGACGGUCUAUAGAAAAAUAUUUCACCGCGAUCUGACAAUUGGAAACUCGAGGAUUCGAAAUUCCACGCGUAUUAUUGUUUAGGGUGAUUCUCCCCUUGAGAACAAAAUACUGUCCAUACAUUAUAACCGUUCGUGACGCAGGCCAACGAAACUGUCACCAUGGUGCAGAUGAGUGUAAUGACUACAACUAUAACGGAAGCAAAUAUGUUGCAGCGGGAGACCAAACCGUUAAGAAAUGUUCAAGAAGAAGAAACGAAAACUCGUGACGAAGAUCCGUUACCGGUUAGCAAACAGGAGAUCAUAUGGAAGAACGUCAUAAUGAUCACUGUUCUUCAUAUUUUGGCCGUAAUCGGUAUCAUAACCAGCAUUAAUUCCAUAAAAUACCAAACCGCCAUAUGGGGUUUUAUUGUUGGUGGUAUUGGUGGAUUUGGAGUCACUGGUGGCGCACAUAGAUAUUAUACUCAUAGAUCGUUCAAGGCAAAGUUACCUCUGCAAAUAAUACUCCUCGCGUGUUACACGGUAUCUGGACAGAAUUCCAUACCGGAAUGGGUUCGAGAUCACCGGGUGCACCACAAGUUCAGCGAAACGGACGCGGAUCCGCACAACGCGAAUAGAGGUUUCUUCUUCUCGCACGUUGGCUGGCUGAUGCAACGCAAACACCCCGAAGUCUACAAAUGGGGCCGGACCAUCGACAUGUCGGACAUCAACAACGACCCUCUGGUGCAGUUCCACACGAAACAUUUUAUGAUGUUGAAGCUGUUGCUAUGUUUCUUCAUACCGGUGGUCGUGCCGGUGUACGCGUGGAACGAAACCUGGAUGGUUGCAGUCCUCGUAAUCGGCAUAUUUCGAUAUGUGCUGAAUUUGAACUUCACGUGGUCAGUGAACAGCGUGGCUCACAUUUGGGGAAAUAAGCCGUUUGAUAAACGUAUCCAACCAGCGGAGAAUCUGGCCGUGUCCAUAGUGGCCAUGGGCGAGGGUUGGCACAAUUAUCACCACGCGUUCCCGAAGGACUACAGGGCUGCCGAGUUGGGCGCGUACGCGCUCAACGCGACCACCAUGUGGCUUGACUUGUUCGCCCAGCUGGGGUGGGCGUACGAUCUAAAGACGCCGUCGGAGGAGCUUGUGCGACAGGUGGCGAUCAAGCACGGUGAUGGAACUUGGAGGAAGCUGCACGAUCAGCCGGAAGCGACAGCUUCGCGGCAGGACUACAAGACUUCAUGAACCCCUACCUAUUGUGUUAUGGAAAACACGUGCUUUUCAAUUUUUAUUUUAUUUAUUUUAAAUUGUACAUUUAGACACUUGUCGCAAUGUUCGGUACCUAUAAAGUGUUCACAUCUAAGGACGAUGAUUUUGUCCUUUCAGAACUGCUGUGGUACGAGAAAAUAAUAAUACUAAUUACGAUUUUUU